GAUGCAUUAGGUGAGUCAAUUCCUUGUGCCACUUAUGACUCUUGGAUGGUUUACUUACCUGAAGGUGACUUCUUAUCACGCAUUGGACCAACUGAAUUUUUUAAGGACCUUGAGAAGUAUGCAAGUCUUGAUGCUGCGCGAGAAUGGAGAAAACUUCUUGAUGCAAUACUACCAAUGUCUGCAGCUGCGAUGGCUCUGCCACCUUUAUCUAUUCGAGGUGAUUGGGGUGUUCUAUCCACUGCUGCAACUAGAUAUGCCCCCUCUCUCUUGAAAUCCUUUGCCCAAAUGGGACCUCAGGGGGCCCUUGGUGCUAUGAAGCUUCUCAGACCCUUCUCAGAAAUAGUUGACUCAUUGGAGCUGAAAGAACCUUUUAUACGAAAUUGGAUAGAUCUUCUGGCUUUCUUGCUCGCAGGGGUGAAAUCUAAUGGUAUACUGUCUGCAGAGAUGGUAUACAUGUUUGCAGAAUGGUACAAGCCAGGUUGCAGUCUGGAGUAUCCCAUUCAUGGAACUGGGGCAGUUGUUGAUGCUCUUGUUCGUGGACUACAGAAAUUUGGUGGACGGAUCUCUUUGAAGAGUCAUGUGGAAAAUAUUGUUGUUGAAAAUGGUCAAGCUGUGGGAGUAAAGCUAAGAAGUGGUCAAUUUGUACGCGCUAAGAAGGCUGUUGUUAGUAAUGCCUCUAUGUGGGACACAUUGGAUCUAUUACCUAAGGAAGUCAUUCCAAAGUCAUACCAGGACAGGAUCAAAACGACCCCUCAAUGUGAAUCAUUUAUGCAUCUUCAUUUGGGUUUUGAUGCAGAGGGUAUAAGCGAGGACUUGAAGAUUCAUCAUAUAGUUGUGAAUGAUUGUGACAGAGGAGUCAAUGCUAAUCAAAAUGUUGUUUUGAUAUCUAUACCCAGUGUCUUGUGGAGGGCCGUGGAGCGUGCUGUUGGUCCAGGUUUUGAUCACGAGAAGUGUGAAGUGAAGUUGGUUGGAACUUAUGGGCCAGCUAUACAAGCCAGUAAAGGCACUUUUCCCGGACAUUCAACUCCGAUCCCACAGCUUUACUGCUGCGGUGAUUCUACAUUCCCUGGUAUCAGAGUCCCAACAGUCGCUGCUAGUGGCGCCACAUUGGUUUCUGUGUCUCAACACUUGGAGCUUCUUGACGCUGUAGGAAUAUGA